AUGAAGGCAACCACCACAACUAUAGAAGAUGUCAAGUCCUAUCUAGUUCUCUCCCUCCUCUCGUGUCUAUGCCUGUGGCUCAUCUCCCUCAUCACUCUCCAUUGGCGAAGAACCAGAAAUGUGCAUCUCCCCCCAAGUCCAAUGGCCAUUCCAAUAAUCGGUCAUCUCCAUCUAUUGGGCCUCAUCCCCCACCAAGCUCUCCACAAGCUUUCCCUCUGCUAUGGCCCCCUCAUCUCCAUCCGUUUAGGAUCCCACCUAUGCGUCGUGGCUUCAUCACCAGAAACUGCAAAAGAGUUCCUCAAGACUCAUGAACUCUCCUUCUCUGACAAGCCCCCCUCAAAAGUUGCUUCCUACCUCACCUAUGGCUCUGCUGACUUUGCAUUUGCCCCAUAUAGCUCCUACUGGAGGUACAUGAAGAAGUUGACCAUGACACAACUGUUAGGGGGGCAAACACUUGAACAACUGCUACCUGUGAGGCGCCAGGAGAUUAUAAGGCUUAUGAAAAAGUUGUUUGAGAUAUCGGAGAAGGGAGAGGAUAUCAAUAUGAGUGCAGAGCUAUCGAAAUUGACAAACAACGUGAUAUGCAGGAUGGCAAUGAGUCGAACAUGCACAAAAAAUGAUUUUGAAGCAGAGGAGGCACGAAAGAUCGUAGAAGAGAUGACUGAGCUGGCAGGGAAAUUUAACUUGGCAGAUUUUGUAGGAUUUUGCAAAAACUUGGACUUCCAAGGUUUUGAUAAGAGACUGGAGGAUUUGCUUAAGAGGUUUGAUAAGAUGAUGGAGGGGAUAAUGAAGGAAAAGCAGGAGGAGAGGCAAAAAGAAAGAGAUACUUCCCAAGAAAUAGCAAAAGAUUUGCUUGAUAUAAUGCUUGAUAUAGCUUCUGAUGAUGAUGCAGAGAUGAAGCUGACAAGAGAAAACAUCAAAGCUUUCAUUCAGAAUGUCUUUGUGGGUGGCACUGAUACUUCAGCAACCACGAUAGUGUGGGCAUUGGCAGAACUCAUCAACCAACCAACCAUACUCUGGAAGGCUAGAGAUGAAAUUAACACAGUCGUUGGCAUGAACAGGUUAGUCAAAGAAUCCGACAUCCCAAACCUCCCAUAUCUCCAAGCUGUUGUAAAGGAAACACUGAGGCUUCAUCCAGCAAUCCCAAUGAUCAUCCGCGAAUCAAAUGAACACUGUAAGAUUAAUGGCUAUGACAUCCCUGCAAAAACAAGGCUUUUGGUCAAUGUAUGGGCCAUCGGAAGGGAUCCAAAUCACUGGUCCAAGCCACUUGACUUCAAACCGGAAAGGUUUAUCGAAAUUGGAAAGGGGCUGGAUGUUAGAGGCCAACACUUCCACUUGUUGCCAUUUGGCAGUGGUCGGAGAGGUUGUCCAGGCACAACAUUAGCCUUGCAAGUUACACAACCAAUGCUCGCUGCCAUGAUACAGUGCUUUGAUUGGAAGGUCAAUAAUGGUCAUGGGAUGGUCGACAUGACAGAGGGGCCAGGAUUCACGUUGCCUCGAGCUAAACCAUUGAUAUGCAGGCCUGUUGCUAUUCUGAGCCAGAUGCCUAUUGCUUGAUAAGAGUGGGGUUAGCUAAUUACUGGGUUAAUAAGGACCAAACUUGUUUAAGGUUGUGUGAGAAUAAAUGUAGCACGUGGUUUGUCCAUGGAACUUUAUUAUGUGAAUGCUACUGAUUUAGUUACUUCUCCCUGUUAGAAUCACAAUUCUUCUUUAAGGUUACAUGUCCAAGCUAUUGAUGAAGAGCUAACUUGAAAGUGUGAACCAGUUCCUAGAAUUUAGAAGGUAGUAAACAUAACUUAGGGGAGAGGUUGACACCUACACCAAUUAAAACAAGGGAUGAUUGGCAUGCCUCUACUUUCCUCUCACUUUAGGGAAGAGGUUUGGGCUUAUCACCGCCUUCUUAUAAUACCUUUCACUUCAAAUAAUGCACUAUUGGAAGAUGAAGAUACAUAUAACUACUAGUAACCAAAGGAUACGUACAGUUAUAUCUGGCAUGUAUAGCAUGCAUGUCAUCCAAACAAAUCCUCUUACCAAUUAACUAGUAACCAAAAGAUAUGUGCUGCAAAGGCUCCAUCAUCUGUGCCAUCUUAUGGCAACAGACAUACAGUUACUAAACCAUCCAUAUUUCAACCUGUCCAUUUUCCUUACAAAUGUUACAUCGAAGCUUUAGAGCAUACUAAUCACGAGCUGGAGAUCCAACAUAAUGCAAGCAGAUGGUAAUAGUUUUGAAGUACUUCUGCAAGAAACAUUUAACAAUUCCAUCUCACUACUAACUGCUCUAUGCAAAACUAUGAUGUUCAACAUUUUUUUUUCCC